CUUAACAAUUUGGCUAUGAAAGAAUUAUCAUGUCAGACACAUACACGACGAAUAUAACUAUAAAAAUUCGAUCUUUCAAAUGCAUAAAAAUUAUUAAAAAGAUCGAAUAUACGUUUCAGAUACAUAUUAUAUCUGAUACUUAUCCUGAACACGAGAAACGUUUGACGACAAUUUCUUGUUACAUAACAGAUGAUUCUAUCAAAAUAGAGUUUCGUUCUGCAACAAGUGGUUACCUUAUGAUUAAGUCAAAGAUAUUGCAAAGGUUUCGGAGGUUAUAUUUGAAGGAAGGAAAGCUGAGGGGGGGGGCGGAAAUUUGCCAACGCAAUUAAUCAAUCAUCAAACAAAGUUGCUUAGCGGGUAAAAUAAGUAAAAAUAAAUAAAUAAAGGAAUUCUAAUUUGUCCUCCAUGAAACUGGAUUCAAAACGUGACAUGUGGUUGGCAAACCUGUUGUCAUCUGACGUGUCGCUAUCUCAUCUAAUCUCAACAAACAAUUCCAUGUAAUCUCCAGUCAUUCUAUCCCACUUUCUUCUCUUCCUGGUAAAUGUAACCUCAAAAGUCUGGUACAUUAACUGAAGGAAACUAUAAAAACAAUAGGUCUUUCUUGUCUGCAAGUUUUCUCAGCAAACAAACACAAGCAAAAGAAAAAAGAAACUCUCCUUCUUUUUAUAGCAAGUACAAGUUGGACAUGCCAACUCGAGUUGUUGGAGGUUUUGUUGAGAUUUUGGCAAGGAGAAUUCCAUGUCUUCAGAGAGACUCAUUGCAGGUGAUGUUAUGCUGUCUGAUGAAACAAUGCAUAAUUCAACAGCGACGGCCUUGGCAUGGUCUGGUUCCUUCAGACAAUGUGGCGAAAAUGAUUCGAUCUUCAAAGAACUUCCAAAGGCAACGAUUGUAUCAGUUUCAAGACCUGAUACAGGAGAAAUGAGCCCCAUGCUUUUGUCUUACACCAUUGAAGUUCAAUACAAACAGUUUAAGUGGGGAUUAUUGAAAAAGGCUUCUCAAGUUCUCUAUCUACACUUUGCAUUGAAGAAGCGUGCAUUUAUUGAGGAGUUCCAUGAAAAACAGGAACAGGUUAAAGAAUGGCUUCAAAGCUUAGGAAUAGUGGACCAGUUGGCGGUAGUGCAAGAUGAUGACGAACCUGACGAUGGAGCCAUUCCUUUACAUAAUGAAGGAAGCUCCAGAAAUAGAAAUGUACCGUCUAUGGCAGCUUUGCCAAUUCUUCGUCCCACACUAGGAGGGCAGCAAAGUGUUGCUGACAAAGCCAAAGUGGCAAUGCAAGGUUAUUUGAAUCAUUUCCUGGGAAACAUGGAUAUAGUAAAUUCUAGAGAGGUCUGCAAAUUUUUGGAGUUAUCUAAGUUGUCAUUUUCAAGGGAAUACGGUCCAAAGUUAAAAGAAGGCUAUGUUAUGGUGAAGCAUCUAGCCAACGUAUCCGGCGACGAUGAUAUUGGAUGUUUUCCGUGCCAGUGGUUUAGUUGCUGUAGGAACAACUGGAGAAAGGUGUGGGCAGUACUGAAACCAGGGUUCUUGGCAUUGCUGGAAGAUCCUUUUGACACAAAACUCUUAGACAUAAUUAUUUUCGAUGUGUUACCAACCUCAAAUGAAGACGUGAAGUCUCGAGUGUAUUUAGCAGAACAGAUAAAGGCACAUAAUCCUUUGUGCUAUACAUUUAAGGUCUCUUGUGGAAGUCGGAGCAUAAAUUUCAGAGUCACUAGUAAUGGUAAAGUCAAAGAAUGGGUUGCUGCAAUCAAUGAUGCAGGCAUAGGGGCCCCUGAGGGCUGGUGUUAUCCUCAUCGCUUUGGUUCCUUUGCUCCUCAAAGAGGUUUGAAUGAAGAUGGGAGUCAAGCUCAAUGGUUUAUUGAUGGUAAAGCUGCUUUUGAAGCAAUUGCUUCUUCAAUAGAGAAGGCAAAAUCAGAGAUAUUCAUAACUGGCUGGUGGCUCUGCCCAGAGCUGUGUCUGAGGCGCCCUUUCCAAAGUAAUUCUUCCUCUCGGCUUGAUGCACUGCUAGAAGCAAAAGCCAAGCAAGGAGUACAGAUUUACAUUCUUCUCUACAAGGAGGUUUCUAUUGCUUUAAAAAUCAACAGUAUGUAUAGCAAGAAAUUGCUUCGUAACGUUCAUGAGAAUGUGAGGGUGCUGCGCUAUCCUGACCAUUUGUCAACAGGCAUAUAUUUAUGGUCCCAUCAUGAGAAACUUGUUAUUGUUGAUUACCAGAUAUGCUUUAUCGGAGGUUUAGAUUUGUGCUUUGGACGCUAUGACACAGUUGAACAUAGAGUUGACGAUUGCCCUCCCCUUGCAUGGCCUGGAAAGGACUACUAUAAUCCAAGAGAAUCUGAACCUAAUUCCUGGGAGGAAUCAAUGAAAGAUGAACUCGAUCGAGGAAAAUAUCCCCGUAUGCCGUGGCAUGAUGUUCACUGUGCUCUAUGGGGACCUCCAUGUCGUGAUGCUGCUAGGCACUUUGUUCAACGUUGGAACCAUGCCAAGAGAAAUAAAGCUCCACAUGAGCAAACAAUUCCACUACUUAUGCCUCAACACCACAUGGUCCUCCCUCAUUACAUGGGAAAUAGAGAGAUUAACAUUGAAAGUAAGGGAGAAGUCAAUCAGAAAGACCUCAGCAGACAGGAUUCCUUUUCCUCUCGAUCACCCUUUGAAGAUAUCCCACUGCUUUUGCCCCAGGAAUCUGAUGGACUUGUUUCUAACGGAGACCAAAAGUUAAAUAGUCUGUUCAGUAAGCAUGAUCCUUCAUCUCAGGAACAUGGAGUUCGUGGAAGUUUUCCAUCUUCCCAUGAUUCUGAAGUUGACUCCUUAGGUUCAGAUAAACAAAUUAAAAGUACAGCAGAUGACCGUCAUAGAAUGGAUCCUCAAAGUUACCUGGAAUCAAAUGAAAUGCCACUGUCAGAUAUGCAAAUUUCAGAUGAAUGGUGGGAAACAACCAUGAAUGAUGACAAUGAUGUUUCUGCAGGUGAAUAUGGAGAAAUUGGUCCUCGAACAGCAUGUCAUUGUCAGGUUAUCAGAAGUGUAAGCCAGUGGUCCGCUGGAACCAGUCAAACUGAAGAAAGUAUUCAUAGUGCUUAUUGUUCCCUAAUUGAGGAGGCAGAACAUUUUAUUUACAUUGAGAAUCAAUUUUUUAUAUCAGGUCUUGCAGAAGACGAGAUUGUACAGAAUCGUGUCCUCGAAGCAUUGUACAGACGGAUUCUGCGAGCUCACAAAGAACAGAAAUGUUUUAGGGUUAUUAUAGUCAUACCACUCUUACCAGGCUUCCAGGGAGGUCUGAAUGACAAUGGUGCAGCAACAGUUAGAGCCUUAGUUCACUGGCAGUACCGAACAAUUUCCAGAGAGAAAACUUCAAUAUUGCAUAAUCUGAAUGCACGACUUGGCCCUAAAACAUGGGAUUACAUUUCCUUUUAUGGUCUGAGAUCAUAUGGUAGACUUUCUGAUGGUGGUCCUGUUGCUACCAGUCAGGUGUACGUGCAUAGCAAGUUGAUGAUUAUAGAUGAUCGUCUUGCUGUGAUUGGUUCAUCCAAUGUCAAUGAUAGGAGUUUGCUUGGAUCAAGAGACUCUGAGAUUGGAGUAGUCAUUGAAGAUAAGGAGUUUCUUGAAUCAUCUAUGAAUGGAGAGCCUUGGAAGGCUGGAAAGUUUGCUCAUAGCCUGCGGUGCUCACUGUGGUCCGAGCACCUUGGCCUGCAUCAAGGAGAGAUCAGUAAGAUCAGUGAUCCUGUGUUGGAACAAACUUACCGAAAACUAUGGCUAGAGACUGCAGAGUGCAACAGCAUGAUUUUCCAAGAUGUCUUUGCUUGCAUCCCCAAUGAUCUUAUAUUCUCCAGAGCUGCUCUGAGACAAGACAUGUCCUAUUGGAAAGAGAAACUUGGGCACACCACCAUUGAUUUAGGUGUAGCCCCUGAGAAGCUAGAAACCAAAGGGAAUGGAGAGAUUAAAACCGUAGAUCCCAUGAAGAGACUGAAAUUGGUUAAGGGACAUCUUGUUUUAUUCCCUUUGAAGUUCAUGUGUCAAGAAGAUUUGAGACCAGUAUUUAAUGAGAGUGAGUUUUAUGCUUCUCCUCAAGUGUUUCAUUAAGUGUAAAUUGUAUAAUCUGUACAUAAUUAGGUGAAGCCUAUUCAUUCAGCUGAUUGAUUCUCUUCUUUUUUCUUC